AUAAACGUCUAGAAAGAUUGUUAGCCUACCUGACAGGUUCGCUAGCUUAUGUGUUGUUGCUAAGUUACGUACGAAUUAAGGUCUGGCUCAAAUAACGUUAGCUUAGUGGCUAAAAGGGCUUAAAGCCCUUGUAACGUGCCGUAAUUUUUUAUUUAUUAUUAAGAUUAUAGUGCGAUGUGUUGUCUCUAUUUUUGGCAUUAUUUUUCUGACGAUCUUCGGCCGCGUGUCGCACCAGUAGGAAGGCGCCUACUGACGGAGGGCAGGACGGGACUCUCCGGGCGGCGGGCUGGUCUGUGGAGGAGCAGCGGGCCGCCAUGGACAGGACGGCCGUGGUAAAGGUCGGAGCCGCGGCCAGUGCCAGCGUCUGUGCUCUGUUCGGCGGAGUGGUUCUGGCGCAGUACAUCGUCGCCAAGAAGAAGCGAGCGGGCAAGAAAACCAGGAUCAUUGAGAUGAUGCCUCAGUUUGAGAAGAACACGGUCCACAUGAGGGACCCCGAGAGGGUGGAGCAGAUCAUCUGCGGUCUCAUCAAGGGAGGAGCUUCCAAACUACAGAUCAUCACAGACUUCGACAUGACGUUAAGCAAGUUCGCCGUCAACGGCAAACGCUGUCCAACAUGUCACAAUAUCGUUGAUAACUGCAAGUUGGUAACAGAAGAGUGCAGGCAGAAGCUGCUGCAGCUGAAGAAUAAAUAUUAUCCCAUUGAGAUCGACCCGAACCUCACAAUGGAGGAGAAAUACCCAUUCAUGGUGGAGUGGUAUUUCAAGUCCCACACACUACUUGUGGAGCAGCGGAUAGAGAAAGACAAACUGCCAGAGGUGGUGAGAGAGUCUGACGCGGCACUCAGGGAAGGAUUUGAGCAGUUCUUCGACCGCCUGCAGCAGCACAGCGUGCCUGUCUUCAUCUUCUCUGCCGGCCUGGGCGACGUCCUGGAAGAAAUCAUCCACCAGGCCGGAGUCUACCACCCCAACGUCAAAGUGGUCUCCAACUUCAUGGACUUCGACGAUAACGGUGUCUUGAGGGGUUUCAAAGGCGAGCUGAUCCACGUGUACAAUAAACACGACGGCGCCCUGCGGAACACAGAGUACUUCAAACAGCUGAAGGAAUACUGCAAUAUCAUCCUAAUGGGGGACUCGCUGGGGGACCUCAGCAUGGCCGACGGUGUACCCAACGUGGAGAACAUCCUCAAGAUCGGCUUCCUCAACGACAAGGUGGAAGAGCGAUUGGACAAAUAUCUGGACUCUUAUGACAUCGUCCUGGUGAAGGACGAGACCCUGGAAGUGCCCAAUGCCAUCCUCCAGAAGGUUCUAUAACUCCACCCCCAAGUUCACCACCCACCCGGUCCACGCCCCUCCUCCAAUCUCCUCCCACAGCCUCUGGCCUGUCAGGCUUUUAACACCGACCUAAACCUUUUGUCGCAGGUCCAGACUUGUUACUAUUGAACCCCUCCACUCACUCUGGACCCCCCCCCCAUAGAAGCCUUUUAAAAGACAUUUUUCAUCUCCUGAAUGAACUGUUUUUAAAAACCCACACAGCAGCAUCAGCCUGUCUCUAGUGUGUUUUGUCUGUUCGAAUCAGUUCUGAUGUUCUGUCUCAGUCAUCGUAUUAUAAAAGAGGAACCAAAAGUGAGUUUUUAAAAAAA